CUUCUGGUUCUGCAAGCUACUGCCGCAUGAAACAAGCCCUAGGCUAAGGUGGCAUUUGCAGGUUAAAAGUGAAAGAAGCUGCGUGGACAAAGAAAGAGCAUUGGUGCUUGGGUGACGGGGCGGGAAGAUCCGCUCGAGCAUUGGACGCUUUGGGAGACUCCUGCCAGCAGAGCAGAGCAGCGUUAGCUACACGAUAUUAUCACUCCACCGCCCGACAACCAUCAUCUAAUAUACACGGCCAUUCACUGCCGAUCCUUUACCUUUCGACCAUCCCCCUCUCCGCCCGUCACUCUUUCACAAACUCUCACAAUCACCUACUGAACACCAACUUUCUUCCCAGCGUCGCCGCGUCGCUCUCUCCACGCAGCAUCACGAACAAUGUCCAACUUUCUCAACCAAGACUUUGGCGAUGCCUCUGAUGAGGAGGAUGAUUUCAACCCCGCUCCUGCCGAUGCCUCAGACGACGAGGCCACCAACAACGAUGACACCAAUCGAAGACAAGCCAACAAUCAGGAUGACGACGAUGACGAUGAUCUUCAGCCCAAUCCUCGUCGCCAGUCUGCGCAAAGCGACGAUGAGGAAGAGGACGCUGCUCCGACCACUCGCCGACCAACGAACCAGGACGACGACGAAGAAGAAGAGGACGAUGAAGAGGAGGACGACGACGAUGACGAUGAGGACGAAGACAUAGGUCACACUCGCAAGCGUCGCCGCAAGGGCCCUCGUAACCAGUUCCUUGAUGUCGAAGCCGAAGUCGACGACGAAGAUGAGGAGGAGCCCGAUGAGGAUGAUGAGAUUGCUGGGGAGGAGAUGCACCCCGACGACCUGCUCGAGCUUCCCGCCGGUGCCGAGCGCGAUGAUCGCAAGCAUCGUGAGCUCGACAGACAGCGCGAUCUGGCUGCUAGUAUGGAUGCCGAGAAACAAGCUCAGGCUUUGAAGGAGCGAUACGGAAGGAACAGAGCUGCUAACGUCGACUCGGCCGUUGUGCCUCAGCGCCUACUACUUCCCAGUGUCGACGACCCGCAUAUCUGGCGACUCAAGUGCAAGCCUGGAAAGGAACGUGAAGUUGUCUUCGCCAUCAUGAAGCGUAUCGAGGAUCGCGCAGGCACAAGAGAGCCAUUGCAGCUGAUCUCGGCCUUUGAAAGAGGUGGCGUCAUGGCUGGAAACCUUUACUGCGAAGCCAGAGUGGUCGAAGAUGUCACAAGUGCACUGGAGGGUCUGCAGAACGUCUACAUGGGCACCAAGCCGAUGAUGGUACCCAUUACUGAGAUGCCCGAUCUUCUCCGUACUCGCAAGAGCAAGUCGCUUGAGCCUGGCAUGUACGUGCGUGUCAAGCGCGGCAAGUAUGCUGGUGACUUGGCCCAGAUCGAUGAGGUCGAAUCGAACGGUACAGAAGUCACUCUUCGUCUCAUCCCUCGUCUGGACUAUGGUUUGAACGAGGACAUCAAUGCCGCUGCAGACAACAAACGCAAACGCUUUGGAUUCGGCGCCAACACUGGUCCUCGUCCCCCACAGCGUCUCUUCAGCGAAAACGAGGCAAGAAAACGCCACGGCCGCUACUUGACGAAAGGCACUGGCUUCACAGCAAACACCUGGACCUACAUGAACGACACAUACGUGGAUGGCUUCUUAAUUAAAGAUUUCAAGGCCAACUAUCUGCAAUCCGAGGACGUCAACCCUACCCUGGAGGAGGUCACCAAAUUCGCUGCCGAUGCCGAGGAUGGAACCGAAAACCUGGACUUGUCUGCUCUCGCUGCUACCAUCAAAAGUAACAGCUCCGGUGCUUUCCUGCCUGGCGAUCAUGUCGAAAUCUGGCAAGGUGAACAGCGUGGAGUCGUUGGCAAGGCUGUUUCGGUCCACUCUGACAUUGUGCGUAUUCUGGUAUCCGCUGGUGAGCUUUCUGGUCAGAUUAUCGAAUCUCCCGUCAAAGGCCUACGUAAGCUCUUUAGAGAAGGUGAUCAUGUCAAGGUCAUUGGUGGCAGCAAGUACUUCGAUGAGGUCGGUAUGGUUGUCAAGAUUGUCGAAGACCGUGUCACAAUCUUGACCGACUCGAACCAAACCGAGAUCACCGUCUUUAGCAAAGACUUGCGUGUAGCCACCGAUUCUGGUGGUCAGGUUGGAGUUGGAAAAUACGACCUGCACGAGCUGGUCCAACUUGAUGCUGCAACAGUGGCUGUCGUCAUCAAGGUCGAUCGCGAAUCUCUUCGUGUGCUUGAUCAGACCGGUGCUGUCAGAUCUCUGCUUCCGUCAAAUAUUUCUAAUAAGCUCGAACGCCGAAAGAAUGCUGUCGCGACAGAUCGUGAAGGUUCCGAGAUUCACAUCGAUGAUACUGUCAAGGAGGAAGGCGGUGAGGGCAAACAAGGUCGUGUUCUUCACAUCCAUCGCAACUUCCUUUUCGCACACAAUAGAGAACAAACAGACAACGCUGGUGUCUUCGUUGUUCGCACGAAUGGUGUCAAGACUGUUGCAGCCAAGGGCGGGCGAGUUGCCUCGGCACAGGCUGGCCUUAUGAAGAUGAACCCAGCACUGCAGCGUCCUGGCGCUCAGCAAGCUCAAGCUAUGCCCCCGCCACGUCAAAUGGGUCGUGACAGACUCAUCGGCAAGACAAUUACCAUUCGCAGAGGUCCUCACAAGGGUCUCUUGGGUAUUGUCAAAGACAGCACAGACACUCAUGCGCGUGUAGAGAUCCAUGGUAGCAAGAAGAUCAUCUCCAUCUCGAAAGAGUUCCUGACUGUCAGAGACCCCAUCACUGGUGCUGUCAUCCAGCAGAGCGCAGGCCAACGUCCUGGCGGCCCGCCGGCUGGUGGCGCUGGUGGUAGACCGCCGGCAUGGGGAGGUGCAACUCCUGGUAGAUUCGGAGCCACGCCCAGACCAUCAGACGGAGGACGCACUCCUGCUUGGAAGCCAGCAGCUGGUGGCCGUACACCUGCAUGGGCUGGCGCUGGUCAAGCAGCGGGCGGCAGAACUGCCUAUGGUGGUAGUGGAGUCAGCAGUGCUCCUGCCUGGCAAAGAGGAGGAGGUGGCAGCACAGCAUAUGGCGGUCAAACAGCAUACGGAGGUCAAACGUCUUAUGGAGGCCAGACUUCUUAUGGCGGUGGCACCGCAUAUGGAGGAGGCACAUGGAACCCAAACACCCGCACACCCUUCCACGCCGGAGGCACAGCAUACGAGUCUGGCUCAAAGACACCUGCCUACGGCAUGGACGCUCCCACACCAGGCUUCAACAGCGCGCCGACUCCUGGAAAUUUGGACCAGCCCACUCCCGGCUAUGGUCAAUACCGUACUCCAGCAGCGGCACCUACACCAGGAGCGUUCCCAGAAACACCUGGAGCUUGGAGUGCCGAGACUCCUGCAGCAGAUGGUGGUCCAGGAUAUGAUUAAGCGAUGAAGGACAUGGAAGCCCUUUUCGCAUAAAUGGAGUUUCUUGUGCUUCAGGGGGGUUGGCUUCUUCGAUCGCUAACGAAAAAGCUUGAUGUAUACUAUAUUUUGGACCCGAAUGAGAAAGAUCUUUUGCACCAUUUGCCGUUCCGCUGUGACUCUCGUGACUUGAUACAUGAUGCACCUACUCCAGCUGCAUGAGAAUGGUUCGGGUUUGCGGCUGGUAAGCCUGGACGACGUAUCACACACCGUGUAAACAUGUUCAAACCUGCCUAGACUAUGAUGAUGCUUUUGCCCUUGCUUCCCCCAAACAGAUAUAGUAGAACACUUCACGAAUCGUAUAGCAAUCUCCCACAAUCAUCUUUAACAACCAUGUUCCGGACACCUGCCCAACACCCACUUCUCCCACAUUUUCCACUUGUCAUGAUCCACAGAAACACCAUCAUCACCCAAUUCCUCCACGCCCACUGGAAAACUUCUUCCGUUGCAAUU